UCGAUUUUCAACCUUAUCUAAACUUCCGUCAAAAAUCUACAAUUUAUUUUGCACAAUGCCAAGACGAUAUUAUUGUGAUUUUUGCGAUAAAUCGUUUGCUGAUAACCCAGUAGCAAGAAAAAAUCACAUGAAUGGCACCACUCACCAAAGAAACAGAAAACAGCAUUACGAUUCAUUCCGGGACCCAGAAAUACUUCUGUUUGAAGAAAUAAACAAGAAGCCAUGUAAACAUUUCUUGCAAAGUGGGACAUGCACUUUCUAUGACAAUUGCAGAUUUUCUCAUCUUCGCGAAGAUGAAAAGGAACAACUGAGAACUCAAGCAACAGAAAUGAAAACAAAAAAAUAUAAGAGACAAGACACGAAGAUGGAUAAAAAUGAUGAGGAUUUAAAAACUUUUCUACAGAAGAUUGAGAGGGGCCAAAAGUUUGAUCAAAAAGAAGGAAAAAAUAUACAUUCAGGAGUAGUGAUUCCAAAAUAUAGCAUACCAACAUUCUUACAAGCUGUUACAAACUUGCCACCAUCCCUCAUACCGCCCCCACCAGAUAGUUUCCUAGAUCUUGAACUCAAAGAAUGGGGAUAAUCUUGUACACUAUAUAUACAUUUUGUAAUAUGUUUUUACAUUAUAAUAAAUUUGAAGUCUU